AUGAGCAAUGAACAACAAAGAAAACGUAUUAAAACAAGAAAAUAUAUUAUUAAAAAAAGUAUGGAUUUAUUAAGAUUAAAUAUUAAAUCAUUAAAAAUACAUGAAACUAUUAAUAAUGAUAAAACAAAAUUAAUAAAAAGCUCAAAUUGUCAUGAUAAUAAUAUUGAUAAAAAAUUAUUAAAAAUAAUAACAAUGGAAGAAGUUGCUUGGCAUGAUCAAAGUGAUAAUUGUUGGAUAAUUAUUUAUGAUUAUGUUUAUGAUUGUACAAAAUUUAUUGAACAACAUCCUGGUGGUCAUGAUGUUAUUUUAGAGUAUGCUGGAAGAGAUGCAACACUUGCAUUUGUUGGUACUGGACACUCUGAUAAUGCUAAAAAAAUCAUGGAAAAAUAUUUAAUUGGUGAAUUGCCAUUUAAUGAAAGAUUAUUCAGAAUACCUGGAGGAAUUAAAACUAUUUAA